AUGAAGCACGAGAGAGAUUUAGGCAAGUUAGAAAGUUUUAGGAAGUCACUUAGCAGCAGUUUAGGAAGUCCGCAAAAGCAUGCUAGGGAGCUAGAGUUCGUGAGGGAAAAUGGUCUGCAGCAGGUACCCCGAAUAAGGGAUUUGCUGACUGACAAAGGCCAGAACAAGUACACAAUGAGAUAAAUGAGUGGCAGCACCUUCUCAACUUACUAUAUAAAGAAUCCCUCAUGAGGAACAUCGCAGAGACAUCUCUUGAGGUUUUGAGUGCACCAAUGACAACUGCAAAUGAAGACAAGAAAAAAUCAAGUGAAGCAAGUAUUUCCCAACCUGAGGGUGCAGGUGAGAGAGUCUGGCAGCAUGACCUCCCAACUAAGUGCUGGUCAGUUUUUAAAAUAUGUUAAUGACAUUGUAGAAGCUCCUGUUGGGGUGGAGCAACAUCUAUUGGGCUGUGGCUUACCUUUUGUAGCUAGUCUUAAAGGAACACUAUAAAGACAAAGACAAGACUUUCCACAACCUGACUAUUCGCCUUAUAGGGGAGAAGGCCAUAGUUCUUGCUCGAUAUUCCUAUAGAUUUCUUGAUGCCCUUAUAAUUCCAAACGAGACACUUGCACAAAAAAAAAUUAAACAACUAGCACUUGGAAAGGUUGCACAUUAUUUAAGGUGUUACUUGCACAUUAUUUAACAAACUAGACACCAAUACUUCAGAGAUAAGCAAUUUAAGUAAAGUAUGUAAAAUGUAUUUCAAUUUGCUGGAAAUGCUCUUUGAACAAUCUGUCAAUGUCACUGUAUGGACUGUUGGAAAUGCAAAUUCCCUAUCAUUCCACUUUACAUUCACCCAGUAUAAAGAAGGUUAUGGCAUUAUUUCCUUACAGGCCAGAAAAUCAAAACAUUCUGGAAUUAAAUCUGACCUUGGACUCACCAAUUAAUACAAGUCCACAGUUGGCAGAUGGCAGGUGGUAAAUGGUGGCAGGUGAUGGGGUAAACUAUGUAAAGUCAUUCUAUCUCCCAGAGCAUCAGCCAAUGCCCUCAUACAUACAUUCAUGUAUACCAUUUCAUGGAACAUUUUAGCCAGGGCCAAACCAUACAACAGCGCCAACAAAAGAUCUAACUUCUGCCUGUUGGAGAAAUUCAUUAUAAUCCGUCAACCAGAACGUUCCAUGCUGAGCAAACGAAACGAAUCCGUGUCCUCAUGCCAACACAGAAGCAAAGUGCUAUUACAUUACAACCAGCAAUACCCUAGGGGCAAUACCCUAGGGACUACUUUACUUAUAUUUAGUAUAUACUAAAACAGUGGAUAGUGUUUUUCGCGCGCUCUGAUUGGCUACUCAAUCAGUGAAUAUCCUGCACUAUUCACUGAUUCACCUCCAGUUCCUACGAGCGAGCGACGCCAAACUUGCGUAGGUUGCAAGCAAAAUGCUUUCCCGGUUUGCUGCCAUAACAAACUAAGAAAUUUCACAACUAAUCAAGCAAGCUAUUUCCGAAAUACAUCAAGAAGGUGACCAAGUUCAGUUUGGAAGUUUUGACAGUUAAAGCUUUGUCUUUUUGACUCGAAUAGUUAUCGAUAAAACCGGUGAAAAAGUUUUUUGCUUACAAAUGCAAAUAAAAUUUUUAUUUGUCGAUAACAAAAAGCGACGACCGCAGUCGUUUGGUCAUCGCGCGCCAAAAUUGUAAUCGUUGGCAACAGUAUCCCCUACUCAAACCACUGUUAAUUCGUUAAAUUGUAUAUUCUCAACAUUCAACACAAACAGUUUAAAUUAGAAAAUUUAUAUCUUUAUACCGCUAAAUACGAAGCAGACAUAAUUACUUCUGAUAAAAAUAUCUGUCAUAUCUAUUCAUCAUGUAAGUGAAUCCAUAAACUGCCUUUUUAAACAAAAUUGCGGUUAUUAUUUCUAACAACCCAAAAUUUGUUGUAAAUAUCACUGUUAUGUAUUAUUUAUGAAUGGGUGAGAUUUAUGGUAGCACCUCAACUCCCUCCACUUCCUCAAAAUACAUGAAAAUGAAGUGGAAUCAUCAAGAUUUACCUAGCAAAGGAAAUUGCCAAGCAUCUUUAAGAAUGGAGUAAUUAAUAAAAGAUAAUAAGACAACAACUUAUACUUCUUUCUUCUACAGACUUAUUAGCAGUUGUCAAUUAUUAAUCCUGCACAUGCUAAUAAAAAGUCAGUUUGUCUUCAAAUUUUUCUGUCUUGAGCUUACUAAUCUUUGUCUUUAUUAUAUAGCCUGCCCGCCACCUUGACUAUUCCCCGCCCUCUAUUUUGGAUGUUUACCCUUGUUGACAUGGGACACGAUAAAUGUUUGGGGGAGUUUUGCAUUACACAGCAAGAUUUGGAGACUCCUUUAGAAGCAAUGCAGUUACCGCCAAGCUCUCACUGUCAGCGAUGGGCAAAAUAUGAUGAUAUGGAGAGGUAGUGCAUGCUUCCAAGCCUGUUCCAGUGCUUAGUAUGGUAACUAACACAUAUAUGACACCAUGAACAUCUGCCUACUCAGUGGAACCCAGAUUUGGUAAGAGGUCAAGAACUCAAACAGGAUGCACAGGCCAUUUCAGCAAAAGGAUUACCACUCCAAAAUAGCAUUGGUAGUAACCAAAAUGGCAGAUAGUUCAGAAGUGAUUACAAGUGAAGUAUGUAUGACACAAUACCUGAACAUUCUCCUUAUGCACAGUUGCACACAAUGUUCAGGUUCAGCACUGCAUCUUGAUUUCCUUUGUCUUUCAGCUUUAAUCAGUUUUGAAAUAGAUAUAUUUCUAGCUUUUCUGCAUGUUGAAAACGAUUCCUCACGUUUUUCUCCCACAAGUGUGUUACCCUACUCCUCACGGCUUUGAGAGUCAAUGCAGGCAAAUUCGCAGCCCAUUCCAACACCCUCCACAAGUUCCGCCCGAGUCCUGAAAAGAUGGGAGGAUGAACACAUCUGUAAUUAAAUGAGGCCGCCUGAUUUUGGUGAUGAACCAUCUUGCAAGGUACUUUAAGGUAGGUUAUUGUUGACGGUCCAUCAAUCGUCUCUACCCACGCAUUGUUUUUACAAAUUACUGGCACUGCAGCAUAAGAGAAAAAAUGACUGCAAACCAUCAACUGCUUUAUUGUUGGAAGGUUCCACCAACGGCUAGGGUUAUCCCUAUCAACUUUACUAUGCAUCAGAACCCUUACUGAUGUUUCGAUUAAAUGGCUUUUCAACAUAUUCUAAUUUAAACACAUACCUGAAAGGGGAAAGAGUGAAGCGGUUUUGAGAAAAGGGAUUCAUUAAAACUCCUGAAGAAACAGAAAACAACAUCACUCAAAGCACUUGCAGCUGAUAUUUCAGAAGGCUUGCGGAAGGUUAAGACAAGCAACUCUAAAGCUGAUAAAGCUGCCUAUUCAGCUUUCAAAAGUCUUACAUUUGGCCACAAUGUUUCUACAUGCUAAGCAUGAAAGUCUCUUGUAAAGCUAGUAAAUGUGGGGCAUAAGAGCGUGAGUUAACAAAUUAAAAAGAGGGCAAAAAUUUUUUCACAAGAGAAAAAGAGAGGAAAAAUAGAGGUGACUCUACUAAUACUGAACAGAACAAUUCAUUUUCAACCAACUUCUGGUCAUAUGAAGGAAGUAGGCCAACAGGAGACAAAAAAGAUGUAAUCAAAAAAAGAACCGAAAAGAAGCAGCACAUUGAACAUGCGAAGCACGUGCUGGAAAAAAUACAGAGGCAUUUGUAAAGUUCCAGGCACAAUAUCAGGAAGCAAAGACCAAGUACUGCAAAUUUGAGGAAAAUUUCCAGUCUUUAAGGACUGUAAGAAAUUUAGAAAGGCAGUGUCCCGGAGGUAUGGAACCGAUUUAGUGCUUCCUCAAACCCUAACUGAAGCAGUCAACCUUAAGCUUUGGUGACAAGCCUCAAGGGCACAGCUAUCACAAGCUGAAAUGCUUAAACAGAGAAUGCAGUGAAGGUGGUGAAAACAAAAUUGAACUCCCUCUCAUGAAAUUUCAGACGAAUAUACAGAGGAAGUGACAAGGAAGUGCUAUGAAUAUGUGGGGAAUGGAAAAUUUCUGCCAAAAGACAGAAAAAUAAAAAACCACUCAGGUGACAAGAAGACAGCCACAAGGUAGUACUUCCAGGACCUCCUAAGACAAGACCACUACCACUCAUUCAUGGCUAGAUGGUUGAGGGAACAAAUGGACAUUGUCCUUGAGCACCUUCCUCUCAGUGAGGUUGUCUGGUUGUCUGUUAUGAUUACUCGGAAGGCUACAGAUGCCACCAGCAGGAUGAGCUACAGUCAGAGUACUUUGAUGUGAAUGUUUCUUUGCACAGCACCAUCCUUUAUCACCAAGCAGUAGAAUCCAUUGAUGGCACGACAAGCACAGAAAAUGAUCCACAUAUUGUCAGGGAGCACCUUUUUGUGAUCUCAUUAGGAUGAUACCCGGGACUACCACUCAGUGCACAAAGCUCAGGAAUUGAUAGUAGGAUAUCUUCCAAAUCAGUUGCAGAUGAAAACAAGACGCUGUGGGAGCGCAUAUUUGGGCGUGGUCGUACUACAGGUAUUGCUUGAGAAAUUUACACUUGGGCGGACCUCUGAGAAAACAAAAACGUUCCGAAAAAAAUUAAUUUUUUUUUUGCGAUGCUGGUUGUUUGAACCAUGUUUUAUAUUAUUAUUUUUUACAGCUUUUGGGGACAAUUUGA